UGGCAACACCCACUCCACCAAGCUCUCACUAGCUGAACGCUAAACCCGCCAGUUUGGAACCAUUCAAUGCCCCUCACCACGUAGCACCUGCAUAACUAUAGCUCCACAAGAAGAGGUCUUCACUCCUCACCACCCCAUAUAUAAAUGCAAACAUAUAUCUAUGCUCCCAUUCUCUCCCCUCUAUCAUCACCUCCACCCUAUUCCUCACCAUCUUUUCUCUCCCUUGAGCCAUGAAGCUUCUCAUCUUCCUUUAUCUUUCUCUUCUUCUCUCUCUCCACCAUGCCACCUCCUUCGAGGAUCAACAAUGCUCAGAUCCUGCCGAUAUUGAAGAUGUCUGUAGGACUGUAACAGCCAGCAUGGCGGCCAGCGACUACGACUUUUGUGUCAAUACACUCAAGUCGGAAAUGGAGAGCAACUCCACCGAUCUUCAUGGCCUUGCAACCCUUGCAACGAGGCUUGCAAUCUCCCAUGCCAUGAGCAUUGAGGGGGAAAUUGAGGAGCUGAUGGACUUGGAGUCUGAUCCUGAGAUAAAGGAGAACUACAAUGCUUGUUUGGAUGCCUACAAUGAUGCCAUCGACCAGCUUCAGGAUGCAUUGGACAACCUCAACUCGAAGCUCUAUUUUGAGGGGAUGUCAUUGCUUAAAUCCACUCUUGAAGGGGUGGAGAGGUGCAAGGAAGCGUUUAAGGAUGCCAAGACCUUGCCAAUGAUGAUGGAGGACAAUGCCCACCAAAGGUUGGCGAACAUUGCAUACCUCAUUAGCGCCUCUAUAGAGUGACUAUUUUUCAUUCUUUGGUUUCUCUUGUUGUUGGCCUUUGUGAUUUUGUUUUUAGGAUGGCAAGGAUAAGGUUUAUGUUGGUUAUUUGGAGAAAUUUAAUUGAGUGUGUAUGUCGUACCA